CUGAACUACCCUUUCCCAAUACACAAACUCCUCUGCAUUGCAACUGAUACCCUUGUGUAACGCUUAACAAGUCUACAGUCUAGUCCCCUUCUCUUCUGCUAAAGCAACCAACCAUUAGGCAUAAUGUCCAAGAGAAGAGGUCUCAGCUUGGAGGAGAAGAGAACCAGAAUGAUGGCGCUCUUCUUUGAGAGGAAAGAUGUGUUUCAACUUAAAGAGCUCGAGAAGCUGGGGCACAAAGAGAAAGGAAUAAACUCGAUGGUAGUGAAGGAUAUAGUGCACAGUCUGAUUGACGACGGACUAGUGGACACUGACAGAGUCGGCAUAUCCAACUACUUCUGGUCCUUCCCCAGCAAAGCUGUCAAUAAGCGUAUGCAACGUCUUGAGGACCUCGAGAAGCAAUUGAGUGAUUUAGAAACCAAGAGAUCUGUCCUCACUGACAAGAUAGCUGAGGCACAGGUGGGGAGGGAGGAGUCAGACGAGCGGACACAGCUCCUCAAACAACUGGAGGCAGGAAAGGAAGAGAAGAAGCAGUUAGCGGCAGAGUUGGAGAGCCACAGAACGUGUGAUCCGGAGAGGAUAAAGGAGCUCCGAGGAGAGACUGCUGUUGCUAAGGAAGCAGCCAACAGGUGGACCGAUAAUGUGUUUGGAGUGAAGACUUGGUGCAAUAAACGAUUUGGAAUGGAAGAAAAGGCCAUAAACAAACAAUUUGAUAUCCCAGAGGAUCUGGACUACGUGUAAACUAUGUAUUCAUCAUUCCAUUAUCACCCAUCCCUAACUCAUCUUGUGUCAUGUAUAACCAUGAUUAUAUAUACUCAUGCUGAAUAAUCAUAUUAAAGUG